CGCGCGCAUUUGCGGCUCAUUUCGUAUUGGAGAACGCGGUGCGCGCCUGGCUCGCAGCCACCAACCAGGAGUCCUUUUGAAUGAGGUUCCAAAUUUAAAUUUUCGUACGCACAUAUAGUACAUCAGUGGCUUGAUAUAAUUGCGUUGUGUUCAUUUUUUUUUUAAUUUUAUAAUUGUGUUUAGUGUAAGAACUUUUUGUGGAAUUAUUUGAAAAUGAAUGGUCCCGCAUCAAGUUACAACAUGUCUAUUGUAGAUUCGUACAAACGGUUCAUGGAGAGAAACAGUGAUCCUCGAACGGAAAACUGGUGGCUGAUGUCCGGCCCUGGUCCCCUGAUCACACUUCUCGCAACAUACUUAUACUUCUGUACUUCAGUUGGCCCUCGAUACAUGAGGGAUCGGAAGCCUUAUUCCUUGAAGAAUACCAUUGUUUUUUACAACAUUUCACAAAUAUUGUUAAGCAUAUUUUUGGUCUAUGAGGGUUUAGCUUCCGGUUGGUGGAAUGACUACAACUACUCCUGUCAACCAGUGGAUUAUUCAGAUAGCCCAAAAGCUCAACGAAUGGCAGCAGCUGUCUGGUGGUACUUCUUUGCAAAGAUAGUUGAAUUACUGGAUACAAUAUUCUUCGUACUAAGAAAAAAGAAUAAACAGAUAUCAUUUUUGCACCUUUACCAUCACACAAUGAUGCCAAUUUGCGCUUGGAUCGGCGUCAAAUUCCUACCAGGUGGUCACGGAACCCUUCUUGGUGUAAUCAACUCCUUCAUUCAUAUCAUCAUGUACACUUACUAUCUUAUAUCGGGUCUUGGUCCUCAAUACCAGAAGUACAUUUGGUGGAAGAAGCACCUCACCACCAUGCAACUGAUUCAAUUCAUGAUUAUAUUCUAUCAUAACUUCAGCGUUAUGUUCGAUGAAUGUAAUUAUCCAAAGUUCAUCAACUUCCUACUGUCUCUCAACGCGGGCUUGUUCCUAUACAUGUUCGGUAACUUUUACUACCGAAGCUACGUCAAAGGAAGUAAUCAAGAAAAGUGUAUAGAUGAUUCAAGUACCACUAGGAUAGUUGAAAAUAAGUCAAAGGAUUGUUAGCGAAUAACGUGCUCAAAUAAUUUAAUGUUAUUUUUUAAUGUGAUUUUAUGUUAUUAUAUUUUAAAUAGAUUUAAGCAAUUCAGACGUGGUGACUGAUAUUCAUAUCAAAUAGGUAAAGGUUCUUGGCAAUAUUCCAAAUGUUUUUUAUUACGUCAUCAUUGAUUGAAAUUGUUGAGUUUUAAGUAUUAUGGAUUUCAAUAUUUUUUAAAGUGUUAAAGUUUGUUUUUUUUUUUGUUACCAUUCAGAUGAGUGACAUAUAUUUGUUAUAAGCGUAAAAUAACAAAAUUUUCUGAACAAAAAUUUUAUCAUAUAAAUGUAAGUUAUAAAAAUAAUGUAUGAUUCAGGACUCCGAUAAUGUAAGUUUGCUACAAGAAUAUGAUAAAUGGUUGUUUUAGUUUAAGGUAAUCCUGCCAUUUUAGUUACAGACAACACCACUCAUCUAUAUGGUUUUUAAAGUUACAAAUAUUUUAAAGGAUAAUUUCGCAGUUUGCGCGUGAAAAUUGAUUAUAUUUCUAUAUCACAUAAAAUAUCUAGUUUUUCUAAAGAUUUUGAUAUAAAUUGUUCUAUAAAGUGCAAUCUUAAACAAUAAUAAAUAGUUUUAAGGCUUAGAUCGUGUUAGAUAAAAUUAUUAAAAAUAAAUAAAUCAUUAAAUAAAUCAUCUGACGACCACAAGUAAUUCUGGCUUAGGUUCAGUCAUAACAUUAGAUUUAUUACGAAUUCGAUUAAAACGAUUUUACGAAUGAAUUUAUUCAUAUAUUUUUAUUUAUAAAAAUAUGAGAGAAACACUAUUUAUUUUCAUAAAAAUUAAAUUUCAAACAAUAUGCAAAAUUAUCAUCGAAAAUAUUUAUAACCAAGUUACACACAUUGAGGAUUUAACUUUUGCUUCAUAAAACAUGCGAAAAAUUUUAAUGAUCGUCGUUUUAAAGCGCAAAACAAAAUCCGUGCAGUACCAUGAGAAAAUAUAAUUGUGCACGCUUUAAAACGCGCAAACUUUCAGCAGAGAAACAUAAAGUGAGAGUUGUAUGCACAUAGUCGUGUUUCUAGGCAAAUCCGCGAAUAUACGCGAUAUACGAGACAUUGAAUGAAUCUUUAUUUAAUUAAUGUUAUCAUCUUACGUCAAAUAAUUUCUUG